UGGUUAUGGAGAACUUGCGAGAUCAACUUGCUCAUCUUACAGUCAGAGACCAGCCAUGUUGUAUCAAUGGUGGGGAACAGAUCUGUUAACAUGGUGCUGUAUGCCUUGGUUAGUAGGACACAAGAUGGUCUCCCCUUGGUAGCAUCUACUCAUGGAUUCCAGGAUGGAGUCAAAGAACAAAUACAAGAGCCUCAGAAGUUCCUUAAGCUUCUGUCCAGGAAAGCCACUAAAUACCCAGACCGGUGUGCCCUAGCUGUCGGGGAACACUACAUUUAUUUCAUCACAGCUCUUGGGCUCGGUUUUUUUGUCAUAUGUGAUCAGAAGUACCCUCGAGUUCUUGCUUUCUCUUUCCUGGAUGAAGUUGAGAAAGAAUUUUUGCGGUGUUUUGACCGUCCUGCAGUGGAGUCCGUGGCCAGACCUUAUGCCCUCAUUGAGUUUGAUGUGUUUCUGCACAAGACAAAGAACAGGUACAACAACCCAAGGUCACUGACGACUAAAAUCAACCUUAGUGAUAUGAGUCAGGAAUUAAAGCUACGGCCUCCAUUUGAGAUUAGUGCUGAGGACCUGUUUGAUGGGGGAGGCUAUGGGAACAGCCAGGCAAAAACAUACAGAACAGCUGCUUUCUACGGCACAAAGUACCAGUCUCUGGGAUUACUAGGUUACCUGUCCAUCUGUCUGGAUCUGUUCUGUUCUGCUCUCAACCUGACCAGGGGCGUGGCCGUUAUCAACGAGGGACACGUUGAUGAUUUUGGAAGCGACUUGUUCCAGUAUGGAUUAACUUUUAUACUGCUCUGCUUUCUCUCACUGUUUCAGGUAUAUCUACAGGUUAUCUACGUGAAGACUCGGCGCGCGCUUGCAUGUGGAACCCUGGGAAGCAUUUGUCUGUGUCAGCUGUAUCUGUGGGAACAGAGGAACAAUUACCAGAUUGUGUUUCAUGUGACAGUCGCAUGUGUAUCGACUUUUGUCAUUUUUACACGGAACAUUCAACAAAAGCUUCCGGAAUAUAGCUUAUGAUGCUGGAGGGGAUGUGAAAUCGUUAAAAGUGACAAGAGGGGAAGUAUGUUGUGUGGAGCUGAAUUCCAGAUUUUGUGCUGUAUAUUUUUUGUACCAAGGAUCAUGUGGUUUCAAAAGAUGUCAAAGUUAAUUCAGCAAAUGGUCAUCUGACUUGAUAUCAGGUGAUACCAAAGUUAUUCCCCAUAAGGUGAUCUGAUUGGAUAUCAAGUGAUAUCAAAGGUUUUCCCCUUAAUGGUGAUGUGACGGGAUAUUAAGUGAUAUCAGAGCUGUUGCCCAUAGUGGUGGCGUGACGGGGUAUCCAGAGUUAUGAAAAUUAUCUCUGGUUAUCAAAUUGUGACCUUUUAGGAAGGAAUUCAGAUUUGUAGAGGGCAUAACUAUAUAAAACAUUAUUUUAGAUGCUUAUUUUAGAGCAUGAAAAUCAAAACAUUCAGCAGCCAUGUUGGAGCCAGGGCUAAAGUUGCUCCAAAAUGGCUGACAAGCAAUUGUCCUUCUAGGUUAUUGAGAUCCCCUGGAAGUCAUCUGUGACCUUGUCAGCAGGAGGACUCCUGCUUGAACUCUGAGAAUGGUAACAUCUGUGACCUUGUCAGCACGAGGACUCCUGCUUGAACUCUGAGAGUGAUAACAUCUGUGACCUUGUCAGCAGGAGGACUCCUGCUUGAACUCUGAGAGUGAUAACAUCUGUGACUUUGUCAGCAGGAGGACUCCUGCUUGAACUCUGAGAGUGAUAACAUCUGUGACCUUGUCAGCACGAGGACUCCUGCUUGAACUCUGAGAGUGAUAACAUCUGUGACCUUGUCAGCACGAGGACUCCUGCUUGAACUCUGAG